CCACGGGUUUCAAAUCCAAACUGGUUACACUUCGCUAAUCUCUUUGCCUCCGAGACUUCCCGAUUAGAGAACAAGGGAGUUGCAGAACCUGUGAAAAUGAGAAUGAACGAUCUUCAGCCAAAUGUAGUUCGCGUGAAAGACAAAUAAAAAAGAAAUGGAAGUUCAAAGAGACCUGGCAUGAGGGCGUUCUCGGAAAUGUAGGUGUUCUUGGCGAUAACAGGAAGCAGCAGAAGAGUCAAAACCCCAGCUGCACAGCAAAACUCACUGAAAACGGGAAAUCGAAAAAGCUAUUUCAAACUGAGAUUCACCAAAUUCGAGCAGAAAUUAAACGAAUGACUGAAAAUCCAAGUAGUGAGAAAAUUGGAAGAACGGUACCUAAAGAGGAAACUAAGAGAGACGAGUAAAAUCCCGAGGCGGAAGAUUGGGUGUGGCGUCGACCUCGCUUUCGGCCAUGGCUAGACUGGAAAGGUCGUGUAAUUGAAGUUGGAGUGAAGUCGAAGACGCCAAAUGGCACGGAGGUUAAAGACGCUCUUUUGGGCUUCGGUUUGGGCCUCGUGAGCCGGACCGGAGUCUGAUUCGUCAAAAACUUUAUCAGGGGAUCACUAUCUUAAUUCUUACGAGGCAGAGGAAGUAUCAUUUUCCUUAGAUAUAGACUUAUAGUAUUAAAUAAAUUUAUUUGUUAGAUUAAGGGCUCCCACAAAAUUCUCUGUGUGAAAAGGUUCGUAACGUUCGUUGCGUCCAGAUUACCGAGACAACCCUAUGCACUUCUCUAAUUUGCAUCUCCAUGGCCAUCUCCCACCCCAACCUCUUCUCUCUCGAUCCAGUUUCCCACGUAGAAAGCAUUUCCCAAUUUCCAUUCCAAAAACUUCAACUAGACCGCAAUCCGCAUUUCCCUUCGCAUCCCACGGCCCCAAACCUAAAUGCCGACGCUUCGACAUCCGAAACUCAGUAUCCGCGGACCCGAAGAAUAUCAAAGACGGUGAGAAGGUUCCUGAAAGUUGGGUCGGUUUUGUUCGGUCGGUUUUUCCCGGUGGUAGUUGGUGGAAUCUACGGGAAAACGACAAUGCGGAAAUCACAGCGGCGAAGCCAAUCACGGUUAUUCUCGCUCUCCGUCGAAUGUGGGAAUUGAUAGCUGAAGAUAGAUGGGUUGUUUUUGUUGCAGUUGGUUCCCUGGUCGUCGCUGCGCUUUCAGAAAUAUCAAUACCAAGUGUAUUGGCAGCGUCAAUCUUUUCUGCACAGAGUGGUGAGACCAUGCUGUUCUCUAGGAACUCACAAUUCUUGGUUAUUUUGUGUUUUACAUCGGGGAUAUGCAGUGGUCUGCGAAGUGGUUGUUUUGGAGUUGCAAAUAUGAUCUUGGUUAAGCGUCUCAAGGAAACUUUCUAUUCAGCUAUUCUUUUUCAGGAUAUAUCCUUUUUCGACAGAGAAGCAGUUGGUGAUUUGACGAGCAGGCUCGGGGCAGAUUGUCAACGAUUGUCUCGUGUUAUAGGGAAUGAUGUUCAUCUAAUAUUACGCAAUACUGUUCAGGGUACAGGUGCAUUGAUCAAUCUGCUGAAUUUAUCUUGGCCUCUCACAUUAUCAACUUUGGUGAUAUGCUCUGUUCUAUUAACGAUCUUUCUGUUUUAUGGACAGUACCAAAAGAGAGCUGCAAAAUUAACCCAAGAGUUCACUGCUGAUGCCAACGAAGUUGCACAAGCAACACUUUCUUUAGUGAGAUCAGUCCGGGCUUAUGGAACUGAAAGGAAAGAAAUUGGAAGGUACAAGCAAUGUCUGGACAAGUUAGUUUUCAUCAACUUUCGAGAAAGUGUGGCUUAUGGAUUGUGGAAUAUGAGUUUCAGUACCCUAUACCGCUCGACACAGGUUAUUGCGCUACUGUUGGGAGGAAUGUCUAUUAUGAGUGGUUAUGUGUCAGCUGAACAACUCACUAAGUAUAUACUGUACUGUGAGUGGUUAAUUUAUGCAACUUGGAGGUUCACAGAUAGUUUCUCAUCAUUACUGCAGUCUGUCGGAGCUAGUGAAAAGGUCUUCCAGUUAAUGGAUCUCUUGCCUAGUGACCAAUUUUUAUCAAAAGGUGUGAAGUUGCAGAGGUUGAUGGGAAAUAUUCGAUUUGUAAAUGUAUCUUUUCACUAUCCUUCAAGGUCAAUGGUGCCCAUUCUAGAAGACAUAAACAUCUCCGUGCAAGCAAGCGAAGUGGUUGCAAUUGUUGGCCUAAGUGGUAGUGGAAAAAGCACAAUUGUCAAUCUUUUACUCCGUCUUUAUGAGCCAAUUAAUGGUCAGAUCUAUAUUGACGGUCUCCCCCUUAGAGAGUUGGAUAUCAGGUGGCUGAGACAAAAAGUUGGAUUUGUUGGACAGGAACCUCAUCUGUUUCAUAUGGACAUCAAGUCAAACAUCAGAUACGGUUGCUCUAGACGCGUUGAACAGGAAGAUAUAGAACGGGCUGCGAAGCAGGCCUAUGCUCAUGAAUUUAUCUCAUCUCUUCCUGCUGGUUAUGAUACCCUUGUUGAUGAUAAUUUGCUCAGUGGGGGACAGAAGCAGCGGAUAGCUAUUGCUAGGGCCAUUCUUAGAGACCCUGCUAUUCUGAUCCUUGAUGAAGCCACCAGUGCACUAGAUUCAGAAAGCGAACAUUAUGUUAAGGGGGCUGUUCAUUCAUUUAGAAAUGACAUCAAAGCAAACAGAACCGUCAUUGUAAUAGCACAUAGGCUCUCUACCAUCAAAGCUGCUGAUAGAAUCAUAGUACUGGACAGUGGUCGAGUCAUUGAGAUGGGUGACCACACAGAGCUUCUCCUGAAGGACGGCUUGUAUGCGCAAUUGUUUAAAGCUCAAAGAGUUGCUUGACUUGAUUCUAGAUCAUUUUUCUUUUCUUUUUUUGCAUGGAAGUGAAAGGUGGAUAGACAGGCUUAGCAUGCUGCAAAAUCGCGGCACCAUCAUGUGUAGGAGUUCCACGUCUGCCACUCCUUGCAUAUAUGUGUGGACAAUUACCUGCAUCAUUUUGGCAAAGAACAUUAAUCAAUAUAGUUGAAAUUUAGAAGUCAUGAACCCCAGGAACGAAAAACAUAGAUUUCCAAGAGCACAAGCGGCGAAGGAAGUUGUCAUUGGGCCACCAGUUCUGGAUUAUACUGAUAAAAGACAAAAUUUUAGAGCAGAGAAAUGAUAACAUGUUGGUCAAUGGUGACGCAGCCACUGCAAAUAGGACUUCUGCAAAGCUCUUGAACAAGACUACAUAUUUUUGUCGAUGGCGUGUAGCAGCCCUUCUGGUUUGACUACAUGAGAGGAGCAAUAGAUGAAACUUCAUACUACCGGGGAGACAGGAGGAGGAGGUUUAAUCUGCAGCAUAAUACAUUAUAGAUUUUGUAGCCUGUCUCCCUCUCUCUCCCUCUCCCAUGGAAGAUUUAUGUAAAUUCAUGUAGAACCCGACAUUUUGCCAAUCAAACUUUUGUUUUGUUAUCCAUUGAUCUACUUUCUUUUUCCCGGGGAUUUCUGAAAGGAUGGAUGUGAUUCUCACUCAGUUGAAGCUGAUGUUGUAUCAUUCAAAAUCCUUACUUGGUGAUUCUUCAUGUUCCCAGAUCGCCACCUUUCUUUU